AGUGCAGUUCAACACGUGAGCCUCAUGUGACAGAGGUAGGUCAGUCUGAACGAGAGUCAGAGGGUUUAUUUAACACGUCGCUCUGUCCUACCCCACUUUCCCAACGCGCCACCAAAGAGUAUCUUACUGCAAGCGCGGGACAACUGCUGGCUGUCGACGUGGGGAUAGCCGGAACUCUUUCAUCCACCUUAUCAUAAGAAAUGACAAGAAUGCAAAUAGAAAUAAGGAUACAUUUAUAAUCUAUGUGGAAAUAUUUGAUCAUUUUUUAAGGACAACUGCUUGAGAACUUCUGACUACAAAUCAAUAACUGCGUAUGCAUUCUUAUUGAUUGGAUUUGAAUUUUGCGUAAUUGGGGUAAAGAGAAUGGAACGGAUUCCUAGUGCGCAACCUCCUCCUUGCUUGUCCAAACACCAGUCGGCAGAGCUGUCCGAGAUGCAAGGGAUGGAUUUCCCAAUGUAUGUAUAUAAACCCAGAAGAGGAAUGAAAAGAGGAGAGGAAAGCAAGCAGGAGACAUACAAACUGCCUCACAGACUCAUUGAGAAGAAAAGGCGUGACAGGAUAAACGAGUGCAUUGCUCAGCUGAAAGACUUAUUGCCAGAACACCUGAAACUCACGACUCUUGGCCAUCUGGAGAAGGCUGUGGUUUUAGAGCUCACGCUGAAGCAUGUGAAAGCCCUCACCUCGCUGCUGGAGCAGCAGCAGCAGAAGAUCCUCGCUCUGCAGAGUGGCAUGCAAAUUGACCAGCCACCCCCCAGCCAGGACAAGAACGAGGAGAUGUUCCGCUCUGGCUUCCACUUGUGUGCCAAGGAGGUGCUCCAGUACCUGGCCAAUCAAGAGGCUGACAGUGAUCUGACACCCAGCCGUAUGAUCAACCACCUGCACAAAGUUGCUGCUGAGGUCCUCCAGGGUCCAGUCCGCCCCAGGACCCCACUCACCCCUAGAGCUGAGGAGCCUGCCCUCCACCACCACCCUGCCCACAAGGAGAAGCCGGCAGGGGCAAUGGCACCCAAGCCCAGUGAGGGCCAUGGCAGAAAUUGUGUGCCUGUCAUUCAGCGCGCCUACGCGCAGGCAGGGAGUGAGCAGAGCGGGAAUGACACAGACACAGACAGCGGCUAUGGUGGUGAGCUGGAGAAAGGCGAUGCCGGGGCAGCAAGACCCUCUUACUACGGCCAGGAGAAUGAGUUAAAGAGGGCACUGAGCGAGAGGCGGGGGGCCGUAAAGCAGGAAGACAACAAGCCAUGCCACAAACGGCAGCGCGUGGAGUCGUCUGAAGACGAGUCUCUGUCGGGCGGGGAGUCUUCAUCCUCCUCUUCCUCCAGCGGCCACAGCAGCUACAUGAGCAUGUCCCCCCACCAGGCCGCUGCACCCCACCCCCUCUGCAUGCCAUUCUACCUCAUCCCCCCUUCAGCCGCCGCAUACCUGCCCAUGCUGGAGAAGUGUUGGUACCCAGGGGCCAUGCCCAUGCUCUACCCCGGCCUAGGGGCCUCUGCAACGGGCAUGGCCAGCGAGAGGCCUACCCAGCUCAUGAUGUCCCCAAGGGGGGGCUCUCCUGCCCCUCCUGCCCCUCUGCGAUCCCAGACCCCUGUGGACUCCCCUGCCCUACUCCAGGCACUAAAGCAGGUACCCCUCCUUAACCUGGAAACCAAAGACUGACAAUAGAGUAUAAUCUGAUCAACAGUGUUGUUGAACAUGAACUGUUCUGUGGAAGGGAGACAGAUACCGAGGAGAAGACCAUUACUGGACAGUCCGAUCAACCACCUCAGCCCUCCCCCUGCUUCUCACCCCAGAAGGCCAGAAGACCUGGGAGCAGGGGUGCUUAGAGAGCAAGGAGGGAUGUGUCCCACACACAAACCUUCAGCCAAUGAUGGAUACUCAACUUUAACCUCAGAACGUUGCGGCUUCAUGACCCUGAAUGCUGGGUAAAAUUGAUCUGAACCUACCCUUUUCAGACACACACACAAACAAUUGUUGAAUGUAACAGAGAGGAAAUCCUGCUGCUGUACACUGAGCACCUGAAUCAGAUAAGGCAUUGCCAUAGAGAUACAUUGUCGUUGUAACUCACAGCAAGUGUCAACAGUAACCUUUAAUCCCAAAAUUACGUACCCUAUUACCAUCACUGAAAAAGCCCUUUGACCAGCCCCCCCCCCCCCCCCCACCCCUCACUAUCACUAGCACCCCCACUGUGUACAGUCAGGUUCCAAGGUACCCAUGCUGUCAUCCAUCGCCCAGUGUUGAUGCUCAAAAUACUCUAACAUUUGCAGACGGUUAAGAUGGAUUCUCUGUAAUUAUUGUUUAUACACUUCUUGUACAUCUCUAUUUUUGAUACGUGUCCUAGUACUCUGACCUGAGGGAGAGCACCGGAGUUGAGUGCGUGGACGGUUGUUUUGUUGUGUAACUCAGAAAGCGUGUACAUAUUGUAGCACUGUGCUGGACCCGGGUCUGCGUUCUCAGCAUCUGUUUCUGCUCCAAACCUGGUGUUUGUUCAUGCUGUUGCCUUUACUCGUGAAAAAGCUGAUGACCUUCUUUUCUCAGAUGUUUUAUUACUUGUACUUGGUAUGAAUACUGGAGUCGGAAGGAGUGGCAGGAAAGUGAAUGUAACGUUUUAAACAGAAGAUUAGUUUUCUAUAGAAAGAGGUACUUGAGAUUUUGUAUUUUGGGACCUACAAGAAAGAUGUUUGAUGUAAAUAUUUUGUCUAUAAAUGUUGAUAUACAUUAUAUAAGCGUAUUAAUAAAGUAUUUUUUUUCUUGUGGAAA